AUGACACCACUACAACCACGAGACGGCUUUAAACUGUUCUACUAUGACCCAUCCCUUGCAGCAGCAGUAAUCUUCAUAAUAUGUUUUCUGGCAACCACAAUAUUACAUACGUACCAGCUUUUUCGAACACGAACGUGGUUUUUCAUACCGUUCCUGUUGGGUGGUUACUUUGAAUGGAUAGGAUAUGUUGCACGUGCCGUGGCCUGUAACCAAACGCCCAACUGGACACUUGGGCCGUACAUCGUACAAGCCGUCCUGACUCUAGUGGCACCAGCCUUGUUCGCAGCCAGCAUCUACAUGGAACUGGGCAGAAUGAUUGUCGUUUUAGGCGCAGAAAAGCACAGUAUGAUCCGCGUCAAAUGGAUGACCAAGAUCUUCGUGGCGGGAGAUGUCCUGUCCUUCCUUAUGCAAUCCGCCGGAGCCGGAAUGAUGGGCGUAAAAUCCAAGAUUGCUGAGAAUGGACCGAAUAUUAUCGUCGGCGGUCUUGUCGUCCAAAUUAUUUUCUUCGGCUUCUUCAUGAUAUCAUCUGCAGUCUUUCAUAUGCGUAUGAACCGUGAUCCUGUAUCGGAUGGCGGUGCUGGCUUCAAUUGGCGACGACUUCUUUAUGCGCUCUAUGGUGCUAGUGCUCUUAUUCUCAUUCGGUCCAUCUUCCGUCUUAUCGAAUAUGCGCAGGGAAAUGGUGGAUACUUGGUGGCUCAUGAGUGGUUCAUGUAUAUUUUUGAUGCGUUAUUGAUGUUUGGAACGAUGUUGAUCUUCCAUGUCGAGCAUCCUAGUGAGCUGAAUGCGUGGUUGAAAGGCAGCGGCGUUGUUUGUAGGGGUAUAAUCCGGUUUGAGAGGAUUGGGGGGAGUGGCAUGAUGAUGUCCUAG